AGAAGCAAAAGAUCCUGAACCUUCCUGAAAAACAACCUCACACAAUCUCACGCGCCUCUCUCCCUCGAGGACGACAUUGUCGCAAAUUGAUGGAAUAUUCCAAGCUCGUUUAUCCAUUUGGAUCAUAGGGGUCAACUUUCAUGUUAAAGAAACUUGUUCGAUUUCUUUUUUUUUUUUUGGAGGGUGGGGACUCAGAUGGAUUUCGUGACUAAGGUGAGGACCUUGGGUUAUUGCUUUUAAGCGGCUCCAAUCACUUGACAACAUUCACAUAGAAAUAGCAGCUCUCCAAAUUUGCACAAUUUAUAGAUUCGAUGUAGAAUACAAAACUCCCAAUAUUCCAUCAUUUGAAACUCUCGUUUAAGGUCGCGAAGUAGGUAUCCUACUUAUUGAAGCUACAACAUUUGCUUAUUUAUAGACAUUAGGCUAUAAAUAAUUUAUAUUAAUACACAAAUAUUUUGUGAACAAAAACCCGCCAAUCCCAGAUUUAUAUAGAUAUUUUGAGAUUGCGAACAUUAUUUAGGGGAGGUAUUUAUCGCAGGUGGUUUUUAUUCAAGGCCACUCUGUCUGCCGCUCGCAUUGGACUUGUUGAAGCAGAGAACCAACUGUCGACGGGACGAAUAGUUGGAUAAAUGAGUCGUAUCACAAGGACUGACAUGAGAACGAACUCUGAACCGUCACCGUGUAGUUGCUUCAGGGGUAUAUAAUAAAGGAUAAACACAAACCAAAGGAAUAACCAACCGCAUAUUCAUCUAAAUCUAUGAUCAGCUCGGUGUGUGUUUCGUCUUACCGAGGACGAAAGUCAGGUAACAAACCUCCGUCCAAGACAUGUCUGAAGGAAGAGAUGACCAGGGGGGAGGACUCGGAGAAAAUUGUUAUCAAUGUUGGUGGCACAAGACACGAAACUUACAAGAGCACACUUAGGACCCUACCGGGGACACGCCUGGCCUGGUUAGCCGACCCGCCAGAGACAAACACAAACAAGGAAUCCCUCCCCGUAGGACACAUAUCGCCAACUACAAACGAGUUAUUUUUCGACAGGCACCCUGGUAUAUUUGCUUAUGUGUUGAACUAUUAUAGAACUGGCAAGCUUCAUUGCCCCGCCGAUGUCUGCGGGCCUCUUUUUGAAGAGGAGUUGGCGUUUUGGGGGAUAGAUGAGACCGACGUGGAGCCGUGUUGCUGGAUGACAUACCGGCAGCAUCGGGACGCAGAGGAGGCACUGGACAUAUUCGAACCACCGGACCCAGAUGACACGGACGAUGAACUACCCAGACGGUUCGGCAUUGAGGACUGCCCGGAAAGAUCGAGGGGAUGCUGCGAAGUUUGUCAACCAAAGAUAUGGGCACUCUUUGAGGACCCCUACUCAUCCAGGGCUGCAAGAGGCAUAGCGUUUGCCUCCCUCUUCUUCAUUCUGGUUUCCAUCACUACGUUCUGUUUGGAGACCCACGAGUACUUCAAUGACCUGCAGAACCGCACGGAACACGUGGUGGUGGGGAACCACACGGAGGAGGUUGUCUCGGUGGAGGUGGUGACCAAGCCCAUUCUGACCGUGGUGGAGGGCGUUUGUGUGGUCUGGUUCACCUUGGAGUUUUUCGUCCGCAUCGUUUGCUGUCCCGACAAGCUGCUCUUCAUCAAGAACAUGUUAAACGUCAUUGACUUCGUGGCCAUCCUGCCCUUCUACCUGGAGAUGGGCCUCAGCGGCCUGUCCUCCUCUAAAGCAGCCUCCGACAUCCUGGGGUUUCUACGGGUCGUCCGUUUCGUCCGGAUCCUCCGAAUCUUCAAGCUGACCAGGCAUUUCGUCGGUCUGAGGGUUCUCGGCCACACGUUGAGAGCCAGCGUCAACGAGUUCUGCCUGCUUAUUGUCUUCCUGGCGUUGGGCGUCCUCAUCUUCGCCACGAUGAUCUACUACGCAGAGCGGAUAGGGGCCCAACCGGACGACCCCCGCGGCUCUAAACACACCCACUUCAAAAACAUCCCUAUCUCCUUCUGGUGGGCCGUGGUCACCAUGACCACCCUGGGCUACGGGGACAUGUACCCCCAGACGUGGCUGGGCAUGAUGGUGGGCGCGCUGUGCGCCCUGGCGGGGGUGCUGACCAUCGCCAUGCCCGUGCCUGUUAUAGUCAACAACUUUGGGAUGUACUACUCCCUGGCCAUGGCUAAACAGAAGCUGCCUAAGAAGAAGAAAGCACACAAUCCGAACCCGGACGCUCCCACGGACACGGCCUCGUUCGGGAAGUCUGUCACUAACUCUCCCAGGGACAGUACUCAGAGUGAUACAUGUCCUCUGGCUGCAGAGGAGAAUAUCAACAGGAACCGCUCAGACUCCAAGCAGAACGGAGACGCCAACUUGGCUCUGUCGUCGGAUGAGGGGUGCAGCCUGACCCAGCCACUGUCACCCAGCGAGAAGUGGAGCCUACGGCACGGCCACAAACACGCCCGAUCGGUCAGGGGGAACAAGGCCACCAAGAAAGAGGCUACCUGCUUCCUGCUUACCUCUGGGGACUUCUCGUGCACUGGAGGAGAGCACACCAUACGCACUGAGAGCUGUAAAGACAUCCUGGCCGCUACUGGGAACUACGCCCAACCAGAAAUCACCACUCUGACCUGAAGAAGUUGAUUGGUCGAUGAAGGAGAAUUGCGUGUGAACCAGGAUGCAGCACUGAAGGACAUGGGGUGGAGCUUCAGGUCUUAGGUCCCUCCUUCCUCUAACUGAGAUGAAGGUCCUUCCGGAAGGUUCUGGAAGAAGUUCUCUUGUCUUUCUGUCAAGUACACAGUACCCAAACUCUGUUGUAGAAUACGUCUAUCUGAUGCUUUAGGAGGUAUAGUUAUGUAUGUACACACAUCUGUCUGUUUCCAAGCAUUUAGCAUGUAUUGUAUUGCAUGAUCUAGCACUAUAUAAUGUACCAUGAAAGAAAAUAUCAUCAGUGAACUUAAUGUUAAGGGACACAUCUAAAGUUGAGGAGUGUUUUGAAUAUCUGAAGUAACUCCUAUUUCCAAAUGGUGUUUUCAAGAAAUUGCUACUAUUUGUGAAGGAUUUGAGUUGUUUGAUGUUUCUGUAAAAAAUGCUGCAGUCUUUCAUCAAUUAAGUGUAAUUGGUAAAUAUUGACUAACAAAAAUUCAACAGAAAUGUGGAGUUGCACUGUUGCAUGGGGCGGCAGGUAGCCUAGUGGUUAGAGCGUUGGGCCAGUAACCAAAAUGUUGCUAGAGUGAAUCCCCGAGCCGUCAAGGCAAAAAUCUGUCGUCCUGCCCCUGAACUUGGCAGUUAAACCCACUGUUCCUAGGCUGUCAUUGAAAAUAAGAAUUUGUUCUUAACUGACUUGCCUGGUUAAAUAAAGGUCAAAUAAAUAAUAAAAAAAAGUGACUGUUAACAGACUACAGUGGGAUUGGAACUAGGAGUCGUUGUUCCCAGCCGACUGACUCCCAACAAGUCCAGCUUUGUUUUGAUGAAGUGAAAGUUAAAACAGGUUGGUCUCUGCCUGGUGUCAUGCCAGUCAACAGACAUGCUGUAGUCAAGCAGUGGCAUGUGGCAUAUGAAAGCUCACGCUAUUUUCCUUUCACAAACAAAGUAUCUUGCAAAUCCUUAUAGAAAGAAUAAAAAUGAUGUAUGAAAUAAUAAUAAAAUAAUGUAUUUCUAUUACAAGUACAGUGUGUAAACAGUUUCAGGAAGAGGAGUGUCAACAUGCAGACAACAGUAGCAUGUGACUAUUAAAGCUCAUGCUACUGUUCACAAACACAGUGUCUUUAUGUCGUUGUACCAAAACGGAAUGUAAAAAAUGCCUUGAGAGACCAGAUGUAGUCAGACAGUAGUCAAGAUUUAGCAUGUAACUGAAGAAGCACACACUACUUGUCUUUUCACAAACAAAAGUGUCCUGCAAAUAAUACAUCAAUGCUAUUGUACUUCUUUGACAAUACAUUUGCUUGGUUGAAAAAGGGUACCAAAUAUGUGGGCGUCCAUAUUAGAUUAAAAGAGAUUAUCUCAACAUCAUCAUUGCUAAAAUGCAUCAUCAACAUUGUUAGUAAAUGCAUUGUUAAGAUCCAUAUGGGCACAUGCUGUGUGACAUCAUCCGCCCGUUCCAGUCGUGCUUAAUGUCAAUGGGAUGGAGCUUAAUGUUGUUAUGGAGUAAUGUGAUGAGAUUUAGAUUUUGUUCCUAAAACGCCAAUCUUGGUUCUUUAAGAUCUUGGUUAUUUUUUAAGAUCUUCGUUGUUUGAUAAUCAUUGUACAUGUAUCUAACAUGCUGACCACACCGGCGGCGUAACGUGCGCGAGCGUUGCAAAAUAAAUGUACACAUACAUGUUAUUCAGUCAUCUUGUCCAAACUGCUCGCUCGCACAACGAGCGUCUGCUAGCGAGGCGCUAAAAUAAUUUUAAUUUAAUUGGCGUGUCCGGUUUAAUCGGCGUGUCCGGUUUAGUCGGCGUGUCCGGUUUAAUCGGCGUGUCCGGUUUAGUCAGCGUGUAAGGUGGAAAAAGGUUGCUUCUCAAAUGGCACCCUGUUGUGUUUUGAGAGUGGGAUUUGGGACGCAAGCCAAGGAGAGUGUGUUUUGAGAGUGGGAUUUGGGAUGCAGACAAGGAGAGUGUGUUUUGAGAGUGGGAUUUGGGAUGCAAGCCAAGGAGAGUGUGUUUUGAGAGUGGGAUUUGGGAUGCAGACAAGGAGAGUGUGUUUUGAGAGUGGGAUUUGGAAUGCAAGCCAAGGAGAGUGUGUUUUGAGAGUGGGAUUUGGGAUGCAGACAAGGAGAGUGUGUUUUGAGAGUGGGAUUUGGGAUGCAGACAAGGAGAGUGUGUUUUGAGAGUGGGAUUUGGGAUGCAGACAAGGAGAGUGUGUUUUGAGAGUGGGAUUUGGGAUGCAAGCCAAGGAGAGUGUGUUUUGAGAGUGGGAUUUGGGAUGCAGACAAGGAGAGUGUGUUUUGAGAGUGGGAUUUGGGACGCAGACAAGGAGAGUGUGUUUUGAGAGUGGGAUUUGGAAUGCAAGCCAAGGAGAGUGUGUUUUGAGAGUGGGAUUUGGGACGCAGACAAGGAGAGUGUGUUUUGAGAGUGGGAUUUGGGACGCAAGCCAAAGAGAGUGUGUUUUCUUUCACGUGGUGUCUUAAUAUAUUUAUCUUGGUCGACCAUAGUUGCCUUGUGUUUACUAUUAAAAAAAGUAACGUUUUAUUGAAAUGUAUUUGAAUUUAUAUUUCAACCCUAUUUUGACUCCUCUGACACAAGUCUGUAUAUAGAAGCACAGUUGUAUGUAGCACAGUAUAGGCCAAUCGACUUUACCUUAAUCCUGUAGAAAACCCCUCUAGAAAAUUGAUUAUCUGCACAUUUAGUAACAAUAUAUUACAUUAUAUGAAGAUUAUUUUAUUUUGAUAAUUUAAAUCUAGAAUCCUUAGUUGCUACAUCCAUUUUUUGACUUUUGGACAAAGGAAUGAUUCUUGAAGAAUAUAACUUGUAAAUGCCUCGUGAGUUUAGUUCAACUGUCACACCCCAUCAGAACACAAUAUAUAAAGUUGUUAUACUCCAAUGUUUGUAAACAAAGUAAAUGUAAACAAAACACUGUAUAGUCUCAAAACAUGGUUCAUACUAUAAUGUUGAUAUCAUGGAUGGUCAGUCCUUGUAUCCGUAGCUCUGUCUAUGAGUUUGAGCCUCAUCCCACAGCUGUUUACCAAAACACAGACGGGGUGUCCCCUUUGUUAUUGUUUCAAUGAAGGAUUCCAGAUUUAUCUAUAUCUACCUAUACAGCCUCCUUUUCCACUUGUACUGUUGUGUUUUAGCAGGGGUGAACUGAAUCAUAGCUAUAUGAGUCUAAGCUGGUUUCUAGAAUGAUUACAAUGAGAAUUAGAAUGGUUAGAAUAUUCUCCAUAGAACAUAGCACGAUUCUAAGAUUCUCAUUCUAAUUAUAUGGGGUUCUCAUCAUGGGUUGGAGGCUUUGUAUGGAGCUGUGUAUCUGGUGCAGUUUGUAAAGUUCAACAGUCCAUUUUGGUGAUUGAAACGCAGUGAAACUGUCAGAUGUUGUGUGUCUUAAAGCAUUGCAGUUGAUAUCCUUGUAUCAUGUGAAAAUAAAAUCAAUUUUCUCUAUGACUACAGUAAAAA